AUGCCGGAGUUGGUUUACGUUGGGGAGUUGCACUUGUCUAUGGCAUCCUUCAACUCGUAUCUGGAAAAGUAUUUAUCAAGUGUCCCCGGCAACGACAUCGUCGUGCUGGAGGACCACGUCACUAAAAAGGCAAUUACUUUUGUGGCGUCCGAAAAUAUCAUUGCGCUGAAUAAUUUGGUGCUCGCGAAGCACUGCGCACAGCUGUACAAUGACCUUAUAAAGGGAUUUCAAUGGGACGUGUUUGCAGGCGGUAUCCAUUGCUUGCUGCAAUAUCUCCCACAAAGUAGUUGGCACCACAAGUUUUCCAGUCCAAGAUUACAUCUCAAUUUCCCUGGGGCGCGAGGUUCCCUGAUCGAUCCAGGCAACGGCACUACUGAUACCGCGUACCAGGUAUUGGUGGGGUCAUUAGAGUUGGUCAUCUUUGAGCGAUUCGAGCCACAAUGCAAGGCCAAGUUUGAUCACAUUUUGCAACGGUCGGGAUAUGACGCAAGACGAAAGACUAUGUUAUUAGAUGCGCACCUUCGGGCUCUCCGCUCUGCGGGAUUUGCAUUCUCCACCGUGCUUUUGCAAGAUGGAGAGUUUGUGCAUGUCAACAAGGGCCGUCAGCAUUUUUGGCGUGUUGUAGAAAAAGAUAGCGUUAGUGAAUCCAUCGACGCGCCAUGUGUGUUUCUCUCUUGGGAGUGGGUUUACCAGGGUGUAUCCCAGCGCGGGAUCUCUACUGAAUGCUGGUUUGCCAUGAAGAAUGCUAGCAUGUGUUCAGAUGGCUGGGUCUUUGACCCUCGUCGUGCGAUUGUCGAAGCUGCGAAGUGUGGCGUAGCAAUCGUGCGAACUGGUGAGUUCUUACGCUCGGCGCUAGCAUCGGGGCGUCCACGCACGUCCCAAUUGUUAUUUUCCACAUCCACGCCGGCACCCAUUGAUCACGGUGUAGUGGCGCAGCGUCAACCCCAGAUGGUCCUCUUUUUGGAGUCGAUUCUACCGUGUCUAGAUGCAAUUGUCGAAGAGGCGUAUGAGCUAGGAUUGUCAAGCACCGAUGAUAGUGGCGAGUUCCGUAAGAUAUUUGAUGACGAGAUUAUGUGGCGUACUGUGGACGCUGACCUGCGCGACCCACCGGCCCAAGACGCCGAGAAUUACUCAUGCGGAAUCUGCAGACGGGAAAUCCCCAAUCUGUAUAAACAGUGUCUUGGCUGCUCUGUAUACUCGCGUCGAUGCCGUCCCAACAUGGCGUAUCCGAUCUUUCGCAUCUGUUUGCGCUGUCACUCACAGCCGGAGCAGCACCACUUCAAGCCGCGAGCAAUUGCCUCGUAUUACGACAAGAUGCUGAGCUCCGAGGGCCACACGGGCGUGCUGCCGGCCACGCGCCGGUACCAGUCGGUGCGCAGUUACUUCAAGUGUCGAUGCGUGCCAUCACUCCGCUGCGCGCACUGCGGUGGGUGUGAGUCAUGUUGUUGCCUGUGCCACACGCUGUUCCAGACCCGCUUCCGUUUCACGGCUCCAGCGAACCUGGAGAGACUGCGAGCGGAUGUGGACGCUGUCGUCAAGUAUCAUCAUCAACAACAUGAGCAACGUUAG